AUGAACGACACAUUGAGGCCCCUAGUUAUUGGCGCAGUCGUUAUAGCUUUCUCUCCCACAGAAGACCAACCAUAUUCUCUUCUCAUACUAAGGUUGAAGCCUGCUUCAUCAAUAAAUAUACAAUUUUCAGAGAAAUUGAGCUUGUCUCCGUAUUCCUUCGCCCACUCAUAUCUUUGGUCCUUGAUAUCUUCCAGACUUCUUCUAGCAGGCCAUUUGGAUAUUCUCUUGAGACUCAACUUACAUACCUUCGUCGCAAAAUUGUGGACCGUAGUUGCACUGACCUCCAAAUCCGAGAAAUGUGUUCUGAGACUCUUCAACAUAAUAUCUAACGUAAUAGAAGCGUCCUCUGCUACUAAAGAUUUCAUGAAGUCCAUAUGCUUCUGGCUAAGCAAAGGUUUACGUCCACGCUUUUUUAAAGGCUCUUCCGUUCCCUGGAUGCUCAUAUACACUGUUUUAUUCCAUUUUUUUUCCACAGAUACGCCGUUUGAAGGUUUACUCCGUGCUUUUUGGCUGCAGCAUAUGCAGAGUAUCCUUCCUCAAUUAUAUCGUGCCAGAAUCUCUCCUUGA